AUGGAAGGAGAGGCAAUGGGGAAUUCAGCGCCAGGCGCAAAGAGGACUGCCAGCAAAGCCAUUCGGAUAGCCCUUGGCAUGCUCAUAAGUGGUGUUAUAGUGCUUGGCAUUGCACUUUUCCUAGUUAGCCAAGGUCUUAUAAACCUUCAUCCUAAGCAACAGUAUUGCUUGACUUCAGAAUGUGUUGAAGCUGCUGCCUCCAUCUUAAGUAAAAUAAACCAGUCUGUGGAUCCCUGUGAGAAUUUUUUUCGGUUUGCCUGUGAUGGCUGGACAUCUAAUAAUCCCAUUCCUGAAGACUCGUCAAACUAUGGAGUUUAUCCUUGGCUGAGGAACAAUGUGGACCUCAAGUUGAAAGCACUGCUACAGAAACCUAUCAGCAAGAGACGGGACAGUGAAGCUGUACAGAAAGCCAAGAUCCUUUACUCAUCAUGUAUGAAUGAGAAUAAAAUUGAAAAAGUUGAUGCAAAGCCACUGUUAAGUAUACUGAAGCAUUCGCUGUUCCGUUGGCCUGUGCUGGAAUCUAACAUCGGACCUGAAGGACAAUGGUCAGAAAGGAAGUUCAGCAUGCUCCAGACCCUUGCAACUUUUCGUGGUCAAUACAGUAACUCUGUCUUCAUCCGUUUGUAUGUGGCUCCUGAUGACAAAACCUCCAAUAAACACAUCUUAAAGCUAGACCAAGCAACCCUGUCUCUAACCGCACGGGAAGAUUACCUUGAUAAUACCACAGAAGCUAAAUCUUAUAGAGAAGCCUUUUUGCAGUUCAUGGUUGAUAUUGCAGUGCUUUUGGGUGCUAAUGCCUCACGGGCAGAGUCUGAUAUGAAGUCAGUUCUGAAACUGGAAAUUAAAAUAGCUGAGAUAAUGAUUCCACAGGAGAAUCGAACCAGUGAGAUUAUGUACAAUAGAAUGAACAUAUCUGAACUUAGCGCCAUGAUCCCUCAGUUUGACUGGCUGGGAUAUAUCAAGAAGGUGAUUGACACUAAACUCUACCCUCACCUUCAAGAUAUAGGUCCUUCAGAAAACGUGAUUGUCCGUGUGCCCCAGUACUUCAAAGAUUUGUUCAGGAUACUAGAAAAAGAAAGGAAAAAGACUAUUGCCAACUAUCUGGUAUGGAGGAUGGUUUAUUCAAGAAUAUUUAACCUCAGCCGACGCUUUCAGUAUAGAUGGCUGGAAUUUUCACGGGUAAUCCAGGGAACCACAUCUUUACUGCCUCAGUGGGAUAAAUGUGUAAACUUUGUAGAAGGAGCACUCCCUUAUGUCAUUGGCAGGAUGUUUGUGGAUGUCCAUUUUCAAGAAGACAAGAGAGAAAUGAUGGCGGAGUUGACUGAAGGGAUUCGCUGGGCUUUUAUCGACAUGUUGGAAAAGGAAAAUGACUGGAUGGAUGCAAGAACAAAAAGGAAAGCUAAUGAAAAGGCAAAAGCAGUUUUGGCAAAAGUGGGCUACCCUGAGUUUAUAAUGAAUGACACGUAUAUUAAUGAAGACAUCAAAACAAUGAAGUUUUCAGAAAAUGACUAUUUUGGCAACGUAUUGCAGACUCGCAAAUAUCUGGCCCAGUCUGACUUCUACUGGCUUAGAAAAGAAGUUCCAAAAACAGAGUGGUUUACUAGUCCAACCACUGUCAACGCUUUCUAUAGUGCAUCGACCAACCAGAUCAGAUUCCCAGCAGGAGAACUCCAAAAGCCUUUCUUCUGGGGGACAGAAUAUCCUAGGUCUUUAAGUUAUGGUGCCAUUGGGGUAAUUGUUGGGCAUGAGUUUACCCAUGGAUUUGAUAAUAAUGGUCGUAAGUAUGACAAGAAUGGGAAUUUAGACCCCUGGUGGUCCACUGAGUCUGAAGAAAAAUUCAAAGAGAAGACCAAAUGCAUGAUUAACCAGUACGAUAAUUAUUAUUGGAAGAGAGCUGGCCUAAAUGUAAAAGGGAAGAGGACUUUGUCAGAAAACAUUGCAGACAAUGGAGGUUUGCGAGAGGCUUUCAGGGCCUAUAGGAAAUGGAUUGAAGAAAAGAGGAAAGGAGCAGAGGAGGCUUUGUUACCAGGCAUUGAAUUCACCCACAAUCAGCUCUUCUUUCUCAGUUACGCUCAUGUGAGAUGCAAUUCCUUCAGACCAGAGUCAGCAAGAGAGCAAAUCUAUACUGGAGUUCACAGCCCUCCUCAAUUCAGAGUUAUUGGUGCAAUGAGCAACUUCGAGGAGUUUCGUAAAGCUUUCAAUUGCCCAGUAAAUUCAACCAUGAAUAGAGGUUCAGAAUCCUGUCGGCUAUGGUAGAUGGUCUUUUUAAAUCCGGU